CCGGGGCUCUCGGUCCACCUUCCCCGGGCCUCGGCAAUUUGCGGCCCCCUCCCGCUUCGUCUUAACUUAUAUACUCUCACCGUCUCCUUCUCAACCCACCCGUCCAUUGUCCAACCUUCUCAGAAACCGACGGGGGAAAAAGAAGAAAGCACAAUGGCAUCGCGUCUCUCCCAAAUUGCUUCCCACCUGACCUACCCCGGUGGUCUGCUCUCCAACCAGGUGGCCAUCAUCACCGGCGGCGGACAAGGCAUUGGCGCGGAGACGGCGACGUUGUUCGCGAACGAGGGUGCGAAGGUCAUCAUCGCCGACGUGGAUCAUGAAAAAGCCACCGCCACCGCCUCCAAAAUCAACGCCACCCACGGCUCCGCCGGCGGAGACCGCGCGCUCGCCGUCGUCGGCGACAUCCUGGACGACGCCUACCUCGAGACUCUGGUCCGGAGGGCGGCGGAGUUCGGGAACGGCAAGAUCCAUAUCAUUGUGAAUAAUGCCGGGUUUACGUGGGAUGGGGUUAUUCAUAAGAUCACCGACAAGCAAUGGGACACCAUGCUGGCGAUCCACAACACCGCGCCGUUCAAACUGGUCCGCGCGGCGGCCAAGUACUUCCGUGUGAAGGACGGGGAGCCGCGGUCGAUUAUCAACAUCAGCAGUACGAGUGGAUUACAUGGGAAUGCAGGCCAAGCCAACUACGCGCUCGCCAAAGCCGGCGUCGUCGGGCUCACCAAGACCAUCGCCAAAGAAUGGGGCCCGGCGUUCGGGGUGCGCUCCAACACCGUCGCCUUCGGACACAUCACCACGCGGCUGACGGCCGCGAAGGAGGACGGCGCGUUCAUCACCACGCCCGACGGCACCAAGGUGGCGCUGGGGAUCCCCGGCAAGCAGCUGGAGAGUCGCAAGGGUCAGGCCACAGCAGCGGCCCCGCAGUAUCCGGAUAUCCCGCUGGGGAGACCGGGCAGCCCGCAGGAGGCGGCGCGGUCGAUUCUGGCGGUGGCGAGUCCGCUGUUUGCGUAUGUGACGGGGGAGACGAUUCGAGUGACAGGGGGGAGGAAUACGUAGAUCCAUUUAUGGUCUGGUCUGGACUCUUCAGGUGGGACUGGUUUGUUAGUGGAGAAGGGUGUGGGCUGUACUUUCAGUACUUUUGUACGUCUGUUCUGGACGGGACUGUGGAGUUAGUGACGGAUGACAGGGUAAGUCGCGAGCAAACGAAUGAAAGUAGGUCUAUAGGUGUAUUGUAUGGGAUUGA